CUAUGGCCGCCGUGUGCUCGCUGCGUUCCGCCGGCACCGCCGGAGGGUGGGAGCGGGGCGGCGGGUGAGUGCGGCGGCCCGAGCCCGAGGUUGGAGCGCUCCACCGGCCUCCGUCCCUCUGCAGUCCGAAGCCUCGGCUCCUGCUCCCCUUACCCCUCAAUGAGGCGGCUCUGGCCCCGUGGAGGAAGAGGUCAGCGCGGCACGGACACCGCCCCCAGGUCUCGGUGCCCUGGCGCGGGGCCAGGCAACAGUCCAGUGCUCCUCGAUCCUCGGCACCAGCAUGGCCACUGAAGAUGACGACCCGAUUAUACAGGAGAUUGAUGUGCAUCUGGCCACGAGUUUAGCCGAGAAACUGUACUUGUUCCAGUAUCCAGUGCGCCCGGCCACAAUGAAGUACGACGAUGUCACCCAUUUAUCAGCGAGAAUAAAACCAAAACAGCAGAAAGUGGAGGUGGAGAUGGCGAUCGAUACUCUGAGUCCCAACUACUGCCGCAGCAAGGGGGAGCAGAUCGCGCUCAACGUGGACGGCACCAGCACUGACGACUCCGGCAGCACCUACACAACGAAACACAUGGACAAACAGAUUUUUUCCUCCAUCCAGUCGGCCGUCAACACCUCCCGCUUUGCCGCCGCCAUCUACAGGAAAGGAGAGCUGCACGUGACGCCGCUGCACGGGAUGCUGCAGAUGCGGCCCAGUUUCUCCUACCUGGACAAAGCGGAUGCAAAGCACAGGGAACGAGAGGCCGCAAACGAAGCCGGCGACUCCUCUCAGGAUGAAGCGGAAGAUGACGUGAAGCAGAUCACCGUACGAUUUUCACGUCCCGAGUCGGAGCAAGCCCGGCAACGCCGCAUUCAGUCUUACGAGUUCUUGCAGAAGAAGCAAGCAGAGGAGCCUUGGCAUUAUCUACAUUACUGUGGUGUGAAGGACAGCAGGUCUGAGCACGAGCGGCAGUACCUCUUCAGUCAGCUGGCUGGCAUGGUGGAGACGUCGGAGCUGACCAAGUCCCCCAGUGAGUAUUUGUCCAUGUUGAUGCCUCCCAUUGAAGAAGAAGAAUUGAAGGUGCCCCUGGCCCCCAGCAACGUGUUGUCCAUGACCCAGCUGCGGACCCUGCCUCUGGCUGACCAAGUGCGCACCCUGAUGAAGAACGUGAAGGUGGUGCAGUUUGCAAACCUGAUGGGUCUGCUGGGCUCGGGUGUGGAUCACACGGCCGUGCUGCGCUGCAUCCAGCAGGUGGCGAUGUUGGUCCAGGGCUGCUGGCUGGUGAAGAGUGACGUGCUCUACCCCAAGGACACCUGCAGCCCCCACAGUGGAGUUGCCGCAGAAGUGCUGUGCAGAGGAAGGGACUUUGUUAUGUGGAAGUUUACACAAGAUCUCUGGGUCAUCCGGAAAGAAGUGGCUGCUGUGAUCAAGCUGCCCCCUGAAGAUGUGAAGGACUUCCUGGAGCAAAUGGCGGUUCCGCGGGUCAACAAAGGCUGGGAGUUCCUGCUUCCCCACGACUCCAAGUUUGUGAAGAAGCACCCUGAUGUGGUCCAGAGGCAGCACAUGCUUUGGAUGGGGAUACAGGCCAAGUUGGAGAAAGUCUACAAUCUCUCCAAGGAAGACAUGAUGCCAAAGAAACGGGACUCUCAACCAGCUGUGCCUGUGGUGCUGAGUGGGGAGCGGCGAGUGGCCACGGCUAAAGAGCGGGCUCGGGAGAACCACGCCACCCUGGAGAACGACCACCGGCGGCGGAGACCCGGGGCUGGGGCCGAGCCGCAGACCUCCGGCAACUCCCUGCUCGCCAUCAAGAUCAAGGAGGAGCCGCUGAGCGAGGACGAGCCCAUGGACACGUGGCCGGGCCGCAGGGCCGCCAACGGCAUCCACUCCGACGAGAGCUCCCGUGACUCGGUGGAGGAACGCUUGGCCGCCAGGAGCCAGGGUGAUCAGGCCAAGCAGGUGGCGGCAGAGCUGAGGGCCUUUGUGUUAGGCACCCUCAGGAAACACUAUGUGCUCAGUUUAAGUGAGCUGAAGCGACUCUUUAACCUGCACUUGGCCAGCCUGCCGCCCGGCCACAUCUUGUUCAGCGGCAUCUCUGACCGUAUGCUGCAGGAGAUCGUGCUGGACUGUGGCUGCAAGCAGAUCCUGGUGCCUUUCCCUCCACAGACAACUGCUUCAGCUGAUGAACAGAAGAUCUUUGCACUUUGGGAAGCGGGGGACGCCUUUGAUCAGCACCGGCAGAUACUCCUGGAGAUAUUCUCGAAGAAUUACCGCGUGCGGAGAAAUGUUAUCCAAUCCAAACUCUGCCAUGAUGUCGGAGAAAAUCUCAGCAAACCAGAUGUGGACAAGGUGCUGAAGGACUGCUGUGCGAGCCACGGUGGAAUGUGGUAUCUCAAAGGAACUCUGCCUUCCUGACGGCUGCUGAUCGCCCUGCGGCGGCAACAGUGGGCAGGGCGGUGAGGUGACUGUUGGUGAAGCAGCGGUUAACGCCCGCGUGCCUUUGACGGUUUGUGUGGACGCCCCGUCACCGCGGAGGGCAGAAGUGGAUGUAGUGUCGCCCGUACCCACACACGGUAUGGAGAAUAAAGACCCGGAUCAUCCUUGCAACUCGGUGUUAACGAACGGAUCUCUAGACUUAGGUGCUGUGUUCAAAAGCAGGUCGCAAAAUUGAAUCAGAAACGGAUCUACUUGUAAGGAAUCAUGGAAUGUCAUUUAGCUUCUUCCUUGGUUUCAAAUCAAAUUUAAUCUCCAGCCAUUGUGGAUAAUGGUUCAUGAUAAGGUCAGUGAUACAUCGCCAAAUCAAAAAGCUUGCAGUCCAGUUCAUUAAAACGCCUGCCCGAUUUCACUAACGAGAGAUGUCGGCCAGAGAUCGUGAGCAAUCCCAGUGUGAAUGAGCUCACGCAGUUAAUAUGAUGGUUUGUUCUAUUAACACCAUGAGUUGUAACCAAAUCCCUCUUGUUCUUGGGCUGCUUUUCUCCAUGUAACAUAUUUAUGGUUUUAUUUAGAUUGCAUCCUAAUGUGCGAUUGUCACUUUACGGAUGAGGGGACGCGGGCGGCUUGUUUUGGCUGCUAGAAAUAAUCUGAGAGAAACUGUAAAUAAAAUGUUCAAAGCAUAAA